AUGCCACAAGCAGUAGUAACUAAGCUCAUUAAUAACGUGUUGUGUGGUAACUCAAUAGAGGAAGAUGCAAAGUUGGCCGUAAUAAGAUCCACCACUCAAUUUAUUAGUCAUCUCACCUCAACAGCGAAUAAAAUUGCAAGAAAUAAGAAUCAUAAAAACAUACAACCCGAUGAUGUGUUUAAAGCCAUAGAAGAAUGUGAAUUUGAUGAGUUUUUACCAAAGUUAAAAGAUGAAUUAAAUGCAUAUGUGGAAAUUAAAAGGUCCGCAAAAGCAAAACAGAAUGAAGAGGAAAAUGUUACUGGCGGUCCACCGUCAUCAUCUAUAGUAACGGAUUUGCCUUCCGAUAGCGGAGUAAAGGCAAUUCUUUUACAGAGCGAUCUCCAAAAUUCCGGUCGGUACCUUGGUCGGUUGGGAUUCCGAAGAAUUCCAAUAGAUUCCGACCAAAAAUUUUGGAUCGUCUUGUAUGGUGAACACCACCUCAAAAUCCAUAAUUCAUUCAUUAGCAGUGACAAUAAUACUCGGUUUAUAGGUUAG